GGCGUGGCGGUGCGCACGGCAUGGCGGCAUUGGCGGCGGCGGCGCGUCAGAGGUAGAGGGACGCCGGCCCGGUCAGGCCUCGGCGCGGCCUACACGCUUCGUUCGUCCUCUCCCGCCCCGCGCCCGGCCAUGGCGGAGUCCUCGCCCGCCCGACGGCCGGUGCCCCUCAUCGAGUCGGAGCUGUACUUCCUCAUCGCCCGGUACCUCUCGGCCGGCCCGUGUCGGAGAGCCGCCCAGGUGCUGGUGCAGGAGCUGGAGCAGUACCAGCUGCUGCCGAAGAGGCUGGACUGGGAGGGCAACGAGCACAACAGGAGCUACGAGGAAUUGGUCUUGUCCAAUAAGCAUGUGGCUCCUGAUCAUCUGUUGCAAAUCUGCCAGCGCAUCGGUCCUAUUUUGGAUAAAGAAAUUCCACCCAGUAUUUCAAGAGUCACUUCUUUACUUGGUGCAGGAAGGCAGUCUUUGCUACGUACAGCAAAAGACUGCAGGCACACAAUUUGGAAGGGCUCUGCCUUUGCUGCUCUUCACAGAGGAAGACCUCCUGAAAUGCCAGUGAAUUAUGGUUCCCCACCAAAUCUUGUGGAGAUACAUCGAGGAAAACAACUCAGAGGGUGUUCUACUUUUAGCACAACAUUUCCAGGAAUUAUGUAUCAGCAUAUAAAAAUGCACAGAAGGAUUCUUGGACAUCUAUCUGCUGUUUAUUGUGUAGCAUUUGAUAGGACAGGACAUAGAAUCUUUACAGGUUCAGAUGAUUGUUUGGUGAAGAUUUGGUCAACACAUAAUGGCCGUCUGUUAUCCACAUUAAGAGGCCAUUCUGCAGAAAUCUCAGAUAUGGCAGUAAACUAUGAGAAUACAAUGAUCGCUGCAGGGAGCUGCGAUAAAAUAAUCAGAGUGUGGUGUUUAAGAACUUGUGCCCCUGUAGCUGUACUCCAAGGACACACAGGCUCAAUUACAUCUUUACAGUUUAGCCCAAUGGCCAAAGGCUCUCAAAGAUACAUGGUUUCUACUGGUGCUGACGGGACAGUUUGUUUCUGGCAAUGGGAUUUAGAAUCCCUGAAAUUUAGUCCACGGCCCCUGAAGUUUACUGAGAAGCCUAGACCAGGCGUUCAAAUGCUUUGUUCUUCGUUUAGUGUUGGUGGUAUGUUUUUAGCCACAGGUAGUACUGAUCAUGUAAUCAGAAUGUAUUUUUUGGGUUUUGAAGCACCUGAAAAAAUAGCAGAACUUGAAAGCCACACUGAUAAAGUUGAUAGUAUCCAAUUUUGUAACAAUGGUGAUCGGUUCUUAAGUGGUAGCAGAGAUGGAACAGCAAGGAUUUGGAGAUUUGAGCAGUUGGAAUGGAGAAGCAUUUUAUUGGAUAUGGCUACCAGAAUCUCAGGGGACUUAUUGGAAGAAGAAAGGUUUAUGAAACCUAAAGUCACAAUGAUAGCUUGGAAUCAGAAUGAUAGCAUUGUUGUCACUGCUGUGAAUGAUCACGUCCUCAAAGUGUGGAACUCUUACACUGGACAAUUGCUUCAUAACUUAUUGGGACAUGCUGAUGAAGUGUUUGUUUUGGAGACACAUCCCUUUGAUGCUAGAAUUAUGUUAUCUGCAGGACAUGAUGGCAGCAUAUUUAUAUGGGAUAUUACAAAAGGCACCAAGGUGAAACAUUAUUUUAAUAUGAUUGAAGGACAAGGGCAUGGAGCUGUAUUUGACUGUAAGUUUUCACAGGAUGGACAGCAUUUUGCCUGUACAGAUUCUCAUGGGCACCUGCUGAUAUUUGGUUUUGGUUGCAGCAAACCAUAUGAAAAGAUUCCUGAUCAGAUGUUCUUCCACACUGACUAUCGACCACUGAUUAGAGAUUCUAAUAAUUAUGUCUUAGAUGAGCAAACGCAGCAGGCUCCUCACCUUAUGCCUCCACCAUUCUUGGUAGAUGUAGAUGGAAAUCCUCACCCAACUAAGUAUCAGAGAUUAGUGCCAGGCCGAGAAAAUUCUGCAGAUGAGCACUUGGUUCCACAGCUAGGCUAUGUCGCAACAAGUGAUGGAGAUGUAAUUGAACAAAUUAUAAGCCUGCAAACCAAUGAUAAUGGUGAAGGAAGCCCAGAGUCCAGCGUUCUUGAUGGGAUGAUACGACAAUUGCAGCAGCAGCAAGAUCAAAGAAUGGGCGCCGGUGGGGACGGGUUUCCAGGCGGCCUUGCCAAUGGGGAGGAAGCACCAUGGAGAGGUUUUAGAAGACUAAGCUUAGACAUCCAGUCCCCUCCAAAUAUUGGUCUACGUCGUAGUGGACAAGUUGAAGGUGUUCGUCAGAUGCAUCAGAAUGCUCCACGUAGUCAGAUUGCUACAGAACGAGACCUCCAGGCUUGGAAACGAAGAGUGGUUGUACCAGAGGUACCACUAGGCAUAUUUAGGAAGUUGGAAGACUUCAGGAUAGAGAAAGGUGAAGAGGAAAGAAAUCUUUAUAUAAUUGGAAGAAAAAGGAAGACUCUCCAGCUUUCACAAAAGUUUGAUUCGGUGGUUUUGAUGUCACAGUCUAGGCAGAGGGCAUGUAGACGUAAAUAUCCAAAUUAUGGUAGAAGAAAACUUGGACGGCUUGAGUUAUCUUCUGGAAAUGAAUCUUCAAGUUCUCUAAGACAUGAGACUUCCUGUGAUCAGAGUGAAGGUUCCUGUUCUUCUUCUGAAGAAGAAUGGAAAAGUGAUAGAAGAAGUGAAAGUGACAGUGAAAGCUCAAGUGACUCUUCAUCUAGAUAUUCUGAUUGGACAGCUGAUGCAGGCAUCAAUUUGCAGCCUCCUUUACGAACAUCAUCUCGUCGACGAAUUACCCGAUUUUGUAGUAGUUCAGAGGAUGAAAUGUCUCCUGAGAAUUUAUCUCCUCCAAAAAGGAGGAGAAAGAGAAAAAAAGAAAAUAAGCCUAAAAAAGAGAAUUUGCGAAGGAUGACUCCAGCAGAGCUUGCAAAUAUGGAACACUUAUAUGAAUUUCAUCCUCCAGUUUGGAUAACUGACACCACACUUCGAAAAUCUCCUUUUGUUCCUCAAAUGGGUGAUGAGGUAAUAUAUUUUCGACAGGGACAUGAAGCUUAUAUUGAGGCUGUCAGAAGAAAUAACAUUUAUGAACUGAACCCUAACAAGGAGCCAUGGAGAAAAAUGGAUCUGAGGGAUCAAGAAUUGGUCAAAAUAGUUGGAAUACGUUAUGAGGUUGGGCCUCCUACACUCUGUUGCCUCAAACUAGCAUUUAUAGAUCCUGCAACUGGAAAGCUUAUGGACAAAUCUUUCUCUAUUAGAUACCAUGAUAUGCCAGAUGUUAUCGACUUCCUUGUACUGCGUCAGUUUUAUGAUGAAGCAAGGCAGAGGGAUUGGCAGUCCUGUGACAGGUUCCGCUCUAUCAUUGAUGAUGCUUGGUGGUUUGGAACAGUGCUGAGUCAAGAGCCUUAUCAGCGGCAGUACCCUGAUAGUCAUUUCCAGUGUUACAUUGUUAGGUGGGACAAUACUGAAAUAGAAAAACUUAGCCCCUGGGAUAUGGAACCAAUUCCUGAUAAUGUUGAUCCCCCUGAAGAAUUAGGAGCUAGCAUUUCUGUCACUUUAGAUGAGCUAGAGAAAUUGCUGUACAAGCCACAAGAUGGUGAAUGGGGUCAAAAAUCAAGAGAUGAAGAAUGCGAACGAAUUAUUAGUGGUAUAGAUGAACUUUUGAAUCUCGAUAUAGCAGCAGCUUUUGCGGGUCCAGUUGAUCUGUGUACAUACCCGAAGUACUGCACCGUAGUAGCUUAUCCAACUGACCUUUACACAAUUCGAAUGAGACUUGUUAAUAGAUUUUACAGGAGGCUAUCUGCAUUAGUUUGGGAAGUCAGAUAUAUAGAACAUAAUGCCAGAACAUUUAAUGAACCUGAGAGUGUAAUUGCAAGAUCAGCAAAGAAGAUAACUGGCCAACUUCUAAAGUUUAUCAGGAAUCAAGACUGUACAAGUAUCUCAGAACUUUCUAACACUUCUGAAAAUGAUGAGCAAAAUGCUGAGGAUUUGGAUGACAGUGAUCUUCCAAAAACAUCUUUGGGAAGAAGGAAAGUCCAUAAUUGGAAAAAAAGGAGCACCAAAGCAACCAACUAUGUUGAAAGCAACUGGAAGAAACAGUGUAAGGAAUUAGUGAACUUAAUUUUUCAGUGUGAAGAUUCAGAGCCAUUUAGACAACCAGUUGAUUUGGUUGAAUAUCCAGACUACCGAGAUAUUAUAGACACUCCAAUGGAUUUUGGAACAGUAAGGGAAACUUUAGAAGCGGGAAAUUAUGACAGCCCUUUGGAAUUUUGCAAAGACAUCCGGUUGAUAUUUAGCAAUGCAAAAGCAUAUACACCAAACAAAAGAUCAAAGAUUUACAGUAUGACCUUGAGAUUGUCUGCCUUAUUUGAAGAAAAAAUGAAGAAAAUCUCCUCUGAUUUUAAAAUUGGUCAAAAAUUCAGUGAGAAACUUCGAAGAAGCCAGAGGUUCAAGAGACAACAAAACUGUAACCGUGUCAGUCAAGCUAACAACAGUAUCAGAAAUAUCAAGCAGAAGCGGUUGAAGUUUCAGACAAAAGUAAUUCCUGAGUUGGUAGGUUCUCCUACCCAGUCUGCCACCAGUAGGGCGGCUUAUUCUGCCCGUCAGAGGACAAGCACCAACAUCUCUUCAGGUGUUAGUUCUGGUGACUCUUCAGAUUCAGCAGGAUCUGCAGAAAGAACGAGAAGAAAUAGACCUGUCACUUUGAAAAACGGUUCUGUACUAUCUGAAAGUGAAAUGGAAGAUUCCUUGGGUACCUUGUCGUCGUCUUCAGCUUUCAAUAGUUCAGAGGAGAGCAGGGAGAGUUCAAGAGCUUGUGAGUCCUCCUUACGCAGUGGGCUGGCCAGGAGCAGAAAUCCCAGGGUGACCAGAACCAGGGCUGCUCAAAGAAAAACUGGUUCAGUUUCUUUGGAAAACGGAUGUGGCAGAAAAGCCACUCGAAAGAGAGUUUAUUUAAAUGACUCUGAUAAUAAUUCACUGGAGACUGGUGAGAGUCUAAAAGCCAGAGCUGGAAACAACCGGAAAGUGCUACGAAAGUGCGCCGCUGCAGCUGCGAGUAAGAUAAAGCUGAUGAGUGAUGCGGAGGAGAAUUCUAGCUCUCAGAGUGUCUGUUCUGGCCGCAAGCUGCCCCACCGCAAUGCUUCUGCUGUAGCUAGAAAAAAGUUAUUACAUAAUUCUGAAGAUGACCAGAGCUUAAAGUCAGAAAUUGAAGAAGAGGAGCUCAAAGAUCAAAAUCAGCCAUCCCCACUGUCCAAUUCUCAUGCUGCCCAGAGUACUGUCAAUGAAUCUGAAAAUGGAGAUUCAGAGUCAGAAAGUGAUUUGCGGGUAGCACGGAAAAAUUGGCAUGCUAAUGGUUACAAAUCCCAUACUCCAGCGAUUUCUAAGACAAAAUUUCUUAAAAUAGAGUCUUCUGAGGACGACUCUAAAAGUCAUGAUUCAGAUCAUGGCUGUAACAGAACUGCUGGCCCAUCAACACCUGGGCAGAAACUUAAGGCGAAAGACAUCUCGGAGGAAGAGGAAGAAACAGAUUCUGAACCAAGAAAGCAUGCUGGUAGGAGCAGCACCAGGUGCAAGAAUGCUACUUUCCUUAAAAAAGCGAAAGUCGUCAGUGAUUCAGAGGACUCUGAAUCUGAAGAACAAAAUAGAGAAGAUGAUGGAUGUCACAAAAGGGAAAUGAACCUGAUUUCAGGGAAUUUGAAGUGUGAACCUGUUGCUGGGUCCCUGUGGUUUUCAGACCAGGGAUCUGAUUUGGAGUCACAUGAUGACAAAACAAAAGAAAAAUCAAACAGUUGUAUGAAAGAUUCUACAUCACAAGACCAUGGACAAAGCAGAAAAGUUGCCAAGAAAAGGGUCUGUUCCAGUGACUCAGACAGCAAUUCAAAAGUGGUUACGAAAUCCUCAAAAGCCAAAACAGGUCUCAGGAUUCCUCGAAGAUGUGCAGCCACUGCUGCCAAUAGGAUUAACCUCCUGAAUGACGUGGAAGAUGUCAGUUUAGAGUGUGUGCGCACUCGAAGCAAAAGCAGAAGAAAGAAGCCCCUCCGUUUUCCUUGUACCACAGCUAAGAAAGUAGCGAGUGAUUCUGAGGGAGAUGGAAACUGGGGCGUGCCGAGUGAGCAGCGUGUCUGUGAAGGGAAGCUGCCUGAAGUCGACUCAGAAGGUGGCACAAAAAGUGUUAACCCGUCUUUAAACAGAGACUCCGACUCAGAAGGUACUUUGCCCUCAGAGUGCAAGAAGAGGCACACCGACAGCCGUGAAGCAGGCGUUCCACCUUCUGAGACAAAGAACCCCUCAACUGGGUCUUCAGAGGGAGAUUCAAAAAGCCAUAUUCCCGGGGUUGAGGUUGGUAGAAAAUCUUCUGAGUCAACUUUGGUGCAAAAAGCUACAGUGGAGAAUAACUUUGAAGAGGAACUGAACUAUGGGCUGCGCAGGUGGAAUGGCAGAAGACUUAGGACCUAUGGGAAGGCUCCUUUCAGUAAGACAAAAGUGAUUCAUGAGUCACAGGAAGCAACUGAGACGGAAGUAAAAAGGAGGAGACUGCAUCCUGAGUCGGAAAAUGUGAAAAUCUCUGAAACCACAGGGAGUUCAAAGUGUGGACCUGAUGCUAGUCCCAAGUCUGAUUCAGAGUUGGGAUCUGUAAGUGAAUCAGAUGUGGACUGUACUGGUGAUACAAAAACCAAAAAGAGGAAAACGAGAGGAAAAGCAAAAGUAGUUAGAAAAGAAUCUGUUCCUAGAGACAGAGAACCCAAUACAAAAAUGAGAACAUGUAUGCAUAAUCUGAAGGACACAGUGCAAAUGCCUAGUGAAACUCUGAGAGCAAAAAUGGUACCUGAGAAGGUCCCCCGCAGUUGUGCUACUGUGGCUGCAAAUAAAAUAAAGAUAAUGAGUAAUCUAAAGGAAACAAUUUCAGAACCAGAAAAUGUCUGGAUUAGAAAGAGCAGCAGAAAACUGCCCCAUCGAAAUGCUUCUGCUGCGGCUAAGAAAAAAUUACUGAAUGCUUAUAAAGAGGAUGAUACAACCAUAAAUUCUGAAAGUGAGAAAGAGCUAGAAGAUAAAAGCAAAAAAAAAAAAAUGUUUAGGUGGUUCAGAUCCUGGAAAGAAAAAGCCCAAUAGUAACUAUGAAAAUGUAGAAGUGGAAUUGAAAAUCAGGGGCCACAAGUAAACUGGCAGUUGCCUCCUGCUCCUAGCUGUACUGUUAACCCCUUGUUGGCACCUUCGGAGGAAUUUCCUAAAAACCAUAAUCCAGUGGGUCAAAGUGGGACGAAGGCUGCCUCCCAGUCAGCUCUUGUACAGACACACACUACAGAGGAUUCUGAGGAGGAAUAGACUGUGGAGCCUGUAGAUGGAGAGGCAGGAAGAAAAGACAAAUGGCCUGUCAUAAGAUUAGUCCUUUUCAGAAAGGAAGGGCCUUGAAGAAAUAAAUCCCUUGGUUCCUUAGAGAAAGAAAAUAAUGGGAAGUGUACAGGGUCCAUAGCAGAAACUUCAAAAGACUGAAAAAAAUUUCAGAAUUUCAAUCUGAUGCUAAUUUUUAAGGGUUCUGUAUUAGAGUAUAGAAAUUCAGACCAUCACUAUGGUGUUACUGCUGAAUGAAGAGGGAAAAUAGGUACAUUUCAAGGGGAAGUGCCUUUGAGCCUAUUUGACGUUUGAGUGCAUCAAGUACUUUAACAAGAUCCAGUCUCUAUAGUUCACAACCCCAAAAGUCAAAACCAAUUUAAACUAGUAGACCCAGGGAUUCAAAGGUGGGGAUGUUGAUUGAGUUCUGAAGUGCAGUGAUGGAAAUAGACAAUUAGAGAAAAUUCAUUAGUGUCUUGUUUAUAAUAUUGGAAUUCAUACUGAAUGGUGACUGACUCCUUGAUAUGACUAAUUCAGGGAAUAUAUACUUUUCUAUGAAAGAUCAAUAUGAUUAUCACGAUUUAUGUUCCUCAUUUUUACUUUCAUGUAGCAGCAUUUACUGAGAUGCCAAAAUGUGCCUCAUUAUGAGGCAGGUCUUAGUUUUAAUAACUCAGAAAAUAAAAGAUAUUAACAUCAAAAUAGUCAUGUUUUUAGAGACACAGUGACAUCCUCUUUUGUUUCUCUACAGCACUUUAAAAGUUAGAAUUUUAUGAACACUGAGCAAAUUUAUUACAGUCUCAUGGCAACAAACUCUAAUGGCAGCAUAUCUGGGCUAUUUGUGGCCCCACUAGGAUUAGAAAAUCUGGUCUUGAAACUAUAAAGAAUUUUUUUCAAUGAGGCUUAAUUUAUUGUUAAUAUGUAUUUGUUGAAAUUAAGAUCACCAGAUGAAAUGAAUGCACCAUCAAAUCUUUCUAAUGUACUAACAACAUACUAUUGGAAAAAUGAAUUGUUAGAAGCAGGUGUUUUUCCAUUUAAAAAUUAUCUGUGAUUAUUAAUAUAUGAUUUGCAUGUAUAAAUCUGCAAAAGUAAAAUAUAGAAGCCUAAGGGGUUUCUGUUUCUUUUUCACUAAAAAACUAAUAUAACAUGUAUUUUUUGGUUAUACAGGUAGGACAAUGUCUAGAUUACUUGCAAAAUUUGUGAUUGCAUGUCUGCUUAAAAAGUUUUAUUUUCUUAGCAUAAGCCAGAAUAUUUCUAACCUAUGGAGUCUGUAUUCUUUGCUGUUUGUAGUAAACUUUAGGCUGAAAUACUGAUACCAGUAUCCUGUUAUUAGUACAAGUGAGGAAGGGAAAAAUUCCUAAUAAACUGCUAAUAUUUUUAGGUGCAUGGGGCUUGAGUUUUGAUCGCGAAUGAAAUGUUUAAACCUAUUUGCAGACCCAUAUUUACACUUAAUUUCAUAGAAAUUUCUUAUUGGUGAUUUGUAUCUUCAACAAAUACCAUAAAAUGAAAAUAUUUAAGUCUCAGUUAAGACUUUUAUGCAAACUUUUUUGACAAUUUCAGUGUAAUGAAAAUUUCAGUUUUGAAUUCAUAAUUUACUGUGGUGGGGUUCAUUUCUAUCAGUAUUUUAGAUUGUCAUCAGCUUUCUGAAUGGAAUCUUUUUCUUGGUUUAGUAUUUAAUUUCAACAUAUAUUUGCCUUUUUAAAAGUGCUUGGCCUAAAUUUAUUGUAAUUGCAUGAAAUAAGCAUUUAUUUAAAACUUAACAUUCUUGUAAAACUCUGAAAUGUAUGCAGGAUUUAUAUGGCCAAAUGUUUUAUCAUUACCCUACUUACCAUUUUAAUCAGCUUUCUAGAAAUGAUUUCUUCGUAAUAUAAUUGUGAAAUCAAAUUGAGGAUCUUACUGGUAAAAAUGACACCUUGUUUCAUUUAGCAAAAGGACUAAGACAAAGUGAUAUCCAACCUUUUAUUUUGCAAUUCUUUAAUUCUAUAAAACCAAUUAACCUGGGAAUAUAAUGCAGUUUUAAAAUAUCACCUUGGUAAUCUUGUAUAUUCUAGCUCAGUUAUACCCGAAGUUUCCUAAGCACUUACUGGAUAGCAGUUUGGUCUUACUGUUUUGCUUCAAAACUCAACCCUUUAUUUUACAGUAAUGUGUGUAAAGUUGCUACAUACUGAUGUCAUGUAAAUGCUUUUGUUGAUCAUUGUUUCUCCACAUCCUAAAACAAAAUGUUUCUAGCAAUUUCUGAGACUUUCUGAUUAUGUCCAGAGGCUCCCCUAACCCCAAAUUAGUAUUUAACUGACAAUUUAUUGAGGGUUCCAAAAUGUAAGCAGCGCCAUCUACUUCCAAUACAACUUAAUCUAGGGAAAUGGAUUGUUUCAUUGCAACACUAAAUCUUUUCGUUUUUAUUUAAACUGUGUGGUAAAGUCCUGUUUUCUCUCCUGCU